CUGACUGGAAGAGAAGAAAUGAAGCAGCGUGUGAAAUGUAUGGGUUUAUGGAAAAAGUGACAGCCGACAUUACAGGUCCAGUAGAGCGAGACUGUACAGAGGGAGAAACCAGCUAUGCACGUUGGGAACAUCGGGCAUGAUCUUCAUCCCAUCAGCAAGAGGGAAGCCGUCUGUCCUCAAAAGCCUUCGCCUCCACUACCAAGACAAUUUCAGACCAAUAAGCGCACUGUUAAUUCAAUCCAACUCCAGCACCCAGUUUUGCGGGGAAUUAGUAACCUAGAUUCUGCCCUUCUGGCGAGCGCUGUCCAUGGUCCUCGUUCUGCUUCCUCCAUCCUUCACUCAUCUUUCCAGGCAGCAGAAGAGGAACGACCGCGCCAGCGGGGGUGCCCGCGGUGCAGAUGCCCAGGCCCUCUCGGGCAGGUUGCCGUAGAGGGUGGAGAACGAACCUGUGGAGUACAUGAGCUUAUUUGUAUUAGAAAAGUAUCUCCAGAGGCAGUUGGAGUCCUGUCAGCUAUUGGGGUGUUUAUAAUCUUGAUGCUGCUCCUUUUUCUCUAUAUUAACAAGAAGUUGUGUUUUGAAAAUGUUGGUGGCUUUCCAGAUCUUGGUUCAGGAUACAGUACAAGGGAGAAUUCACAAGAUAAAAUUUAUAAUACAUACAUGGAUAAAGAUCAGCAUGGUUCAUCCUCUGAAAGUGAAGAUGAAGCACUGGGUAAAUACCAUGAAGCAUUGUCCAGGACACACAAUUCCAGGCUGUCAGUAGCAGGUGGAAGACAAAAGAAUUAUGUUUGGGAGACCAGACAAAAAUAUAGUCCUCUGUCUGCAGAGUAUGAUGGAUAUAGUAGUGAAGCAUCAAUAGAUGAAGCAAACUGCAUUCAAAGAAUGAGAAGAACACCUCCACUGGAUGAAUUGCAGCCACCACCAUAUCAGGAUGACAGUGGCUCUCCACAUCUCUCAUGUACACCUUCAGAAAUUGGUGACAGUAAAUGUGAAUUUUCUCACUGUAGCAACAGUCCAAGAUGUUCAUACAAUAAAUGCCCAAGCGAAGGAAGUGCAGGACAUGAAAUAGAAAGUUUUCAUAAUAAAGGCUAUGAAGAGGAUGUGCCCAGUGACAGUACUGCUGUUCUUAGUCCAGAAGAUGUGUCAGCUCAAGGAUCAUCUUCACAACUUCCUAAACCUUUUGAUCCUGAGCCAGAAGCUAAAUAUGGCACCCUGGAUGUGACUUUUGACUAUGACUCACAAGAACAGAAGCUCCUAGUAACAGUGACAGCUGUCACAGACAUCCCAAUGUAUAACAGGACCGGCAGCAACUGCUGGCAAGUGCACCUUGUUCUUCUGCCCAUAAAGAAACAGAGAGCCAAGACGAGUGUCCAGCGAGGGCCAUGCCCUGUCUUCACAGAAACCUUCAAGUUUAACCAUGUUGAAUCUGAGAUGAUUGGAAAUUAUGCAGUUCGGUUUAGACUCUAUGGUGUACGUCGCAUGAAAAAAGAAAAGAUUGUGGGGGAAAAAAUUUUUUAUUUAACAAAAUUGAAUCUUCAAGGGAAGAUGUCAUUACCUGUGAUUCUGGAACCUUCUUACAGUCUUUCCGGCUGUGGUUCCCAGAUGAGCAUGUCAGAAAUGUCCUGUAGUGAAAGCACAUCCUCUUGUCAGUCUCUAGAACAUGGCUCAACUCCAGAAAUCCUCAUUGGCCUGCUUUAUAAUGCCACAACUGGCAGAUUAUCAGCAGAAGUGAUAAAAGGCAGCCACUUCAAAAACUUGGCAGCAAACAGACCACCCAAUACAUAUGUUAAGUUGACUCUUCUGAAUUCCAUGGGUCAAGAGAUGUCCAAAUGCAAGACAUCUAUCCGCAGAGGACAACCAAAUCCCAUAUACAAGGAAACCUUUGUUUUUCAAGUGGCCCUGUUUCAGCUUUCAGAUGUGACCCUUAUACUGUCCGUUUAUAACAAACGCAGCAUGAAACGGAAAGAGAUGAUAGGCUGGAUUUCUCUAGGUCUCAACAGCUCAGGAGAAGAGGAACUCAAUCACUGGACUGAAAUGAAGGAAUCCAAAGGACAACAAGUAUGUAGAUGGCACUCAUUAUUAGAGUCAUAAUGGACAGAGCAAAAGGCAAUUAUGACUCAAUACAGCCUUGUUUCUGGCUCCAAAUGCAUUAUUUUUACUUAGCCACUACCAGGAGAGCAGUUCACAGAAGUAUCAGAUUCAACAUUCCACCUUAAAACAUGCACUAAGUGCUGUGGAACAGAACAGCUAGUACGUCAUCUCUUCAUUGAUUUUCCAUAUCUCUCGUGGAAAUUAUCUUGGAAUAUGAGAAACUUACAUGAUCAUGGUCAGACUAGCAACUCUCCAGAGGUUUAAUCAUAUGAUGUUGGUUUUUACAAUAAUUUCAUUUUAGCUACUAAAGAGCUAGCUAUUUCAUUAAAAACCAGAAUUUUCAAUGAAUAAAAAUUGGAGAAUUUUGGUUUCAGUACUGUAAGAAUAUUGGCACUGUCCUAGAGGUUCUCUAUAUAAUAUUUUUUGACCAGCCAACACCCAGUGUUAGUGACAAGAAACUUGUGGUCAAUUUGAAAGGAACCUAAAUCAAUUCUAAUGGUAAAAAUUUAAUCUCAUUAAAAAAUCAUUUUUAUUUCAUAUUUUUUCUCUUUGCAUAGGUUAUUAUGCUUCAUUUCUCUGUUAAACAUCUCAAUAGCAUUAAAUCUAAGUGGAAGCAGGUAUACUUUGACAAAAAGAAUACAUUUCUUCAGCAUGUCACGGGGACAAGCUCCACUUGGACGCAAGUCAUUUUUCCCCUUGCCUAUGCUUCUGCUUAACCCAAAGAGACCAAGUCACUGUACUGGUCCCUUGCAAGCCUUGUUAGACAGGUUGUACUGUAGAAUUAUGUAACUUUCUGUUGAAAGCACUUCCUAUAUUCAUGUAUUCCAACAUAGGAAGCUCAUAGAGCAGGACUUGACUUUUAAAAUUCUUUCAAUAAUUGAUAUUAAUUUAUUUUAAAUGCCAGUAUUGUGAAGAAUAUAUUUUUAAAACAAUGAAGUAUAUAGUAAGUUAGCUGCUAAAAAACCACAAUCCAGUGUGAAGAAGUUUUAACUGUCUGGUACUAGCAUUUAGCAACAAACAUUGUUUUUAGCAAAAUAAGUGUUCAUAUUAAGAAAGAAGCUGCUCUCUAAGUGUUCAGCUUACCCUCAGAUACUAAACCUGUGAUACAAAGACUAUCCCUGUCUCAGAUGCAGUCAGAACCUCAUGUUAAAGACAGUUCUGAGACUCCUUCUGAUGCUUCUAGUGACUAAUUUUUAUGAACUUUACAAAUACGUUCUUCGACGUAAUAUCAUCCUGUGCCUUUCAUGUCGUUAAAUUUGCUCAUACAACUUGAGAAAGCUGUAUUUGCAAAAUUAGGCCUUCAAUUUUUAUAAAUAUAAGGAUUCCUCAGAACAAUGUCAUAAGAUCUUUUUUUCUCUGGACUAUGUAAAGUUGUAUAUUAUGUGCUAAUUUUUUAAAUGACAAAUGAGUUUCAUUUGGGUUGAUUUUUUAAAAAUCUAGCAACUUUGGUUGGAAGUAGCAUUAAUUAUUGUCCUAUUUUGCUUCUCCUAUUUGCUGUCUAUAACUUUGCUCAUAAAUAUUGUCAGUUUUAUAUAUGUACGCAAUUCUUUUCCUUUGCCCUUUCUCCUUUCUGGGCCAAAUAGAACGAAUAAUUAUUUGUUUACCAAUUACUGAAAAGUAGUGUAUGGUUUUCAAGAAAUUCACAGUGUACUCUAAUGUACAAAUAUAUAAUAGCAAAACAUCCUCAUAGAAAAUAUCAUUUGAAUUUGAGUUUAUAGAAGGAUUGUACAAGUAAUCCCAAAAUUCAGUAAGCCCCUUGAUUACCUUUCAGUUCAAUUAAGUUAACAGUUUAGAAAUGACAGUUCAAUACAUUCAUCCAUAUGAGUUAUAAGAAAAAUUAUUAUUAGGUUAAACUGAAGUUUAUGAAUGCAUAUUAUGGGAUUUCAUUAAUGGGAAAAUUCAUUCUUUCAUUAGAACAGUCAGCUUUUUCCAGGAUUUUUAUAAAUGAGUUAGUCUAGUCUACAAUCUUAUGUGAAUCAUGAGAUAUGAUAAUGUGAUUUAAGCAAGCUCAGCAACAGUGUGCAAGAAGGUUUUGAAAGGAAUUAAGAAUCUUUACUUAGAAAUCACAUCUAGGAUUUUGACAUUGUAAGUAUUUGUUCUAGUUUUGAAAAGAUUAUGUUAAUGUUAACUAGAAUGUCCCCAAUAAAAAGAGGUAUCAGCCUUAUUUGUAACUAUAGUAAGCCUUACUCAAACACAAGAUUUCCUUGUUAUUUUACCUUUGAGUGAGUAAUCCACUAGCCAGCUGUUGGUUAAAUUUGCCUUUUGCAGACAAAACCCAGAGAGAUGUAUAUGUUUCAGGAUAUCCCAGACAACUUCUAAACAGAAAUCUACAGAUCUAAAAAAUAAAUAGGAAGUUGAAAAUGUUAAAUAAGGUCCCUGUGCUCAGAAAGAUAACAUAAGCUAUAACUCUAGAUUCUAUAAGAGUGAGGGUGUCAUAAUUCUGGAAAUGUUCAAGUUAGUGAAUUCUGUUUCUUCUCUGUUUACUUAACUCAGAAUAACCUUUUAGUUUAAAUCCUAAUUAAUGAUUACUUCAUUCUAUUACCUACUUCUUUGCUUCUCCAAAUACACACACACACACACACACACACACACACCACAGCAAAAUACAUAUCUUAUCCUGUGGAUUGACAAAAAUAGCAUUAGUUCUUGGAGUAAUUACUUCUAAAAGAUUUUUUUUUCUCUUAGAAAAAAGGCUUAAAUGGGGCUCAAGAGACCCCUUUUACUAUACCAGAUUUAAUAUAUCAGAUAGUAUUGCUGGGUUUUUUGUGCUUUAAUUUUCAUGAAAGCUUUAAGGCAAAUUUUUAUGUCCUAGUAAUUACAGCAAAUAGGGGCCCGCUGGUGGGCAGUAGAUACGGGUUUAGAAAUUUGAGAAAGAAAACCCAAUUUCUUAUUGUUCUGUUAAAAACCCCUAAGUUUUAUAAUAAAAUGAGAAAGGCCAUAUCUGGCAAUUAAGUGACAUGUGAGUGCCUGCUCCUGUAAUUAUAGCCUUUAUUUAUCAACCAAAUGAGUUCCAAAACAGUGGUUUCUUACUGCCCAAGAAACAGAAGGUAUAUACUUCAAAAUCAGUGAAGAAUGUUGGUGCAAUAUUGAUUCUUCUUGCCUCUCAAAAGUCUUCUUGCUUAACCUUAAUUCUUUAGUGCUAUCAUAUUUUCCAUGAAAUUUUAUUUGCAUGUUGUAUUACAGUGCACACAUUAGGCAUUCAGAUUCUACCAUAGUAACAGAAUAACUAAUGUUUCAUAGUAUUAAAAUAAUGGCCAAAAUGCCAGCCCACCCAGGGCAUUGACCAGAUAGAUAGCCAAUUAAAUAGGCUAGAAAUGCAUCUUUGGCUAAGGUUUAUUCUGGAACCUAGCUUCUAGAAUUUAAAUAAAAUUCUUGUGGCCCUUAUUUGUAAAUAUUCAGAGUGUUUACAGUAAAUUGGAAAUAAAAUGAUUGCUAGGUGAUCCAUCGCCAAUAUAGGAAGCAGAAGUAGAGUUGGAAAUGUCAGUCAAAGGGAAGACAGAAGACUUGAGAAAAGGAAAUUAACAUUUGAAUCUUAUGCAUGACCCUGAGAACCUAUGAACUUAUAUAGUCAGAUAAUUAGUGGAUCUGAAUUUCAGAUGCUGUUAUAUCCAGAAGAAUUUCCUACAACCACAUUCCAUGAGUAUAUGAAUAGAAGGGUCAAAAAUGAUUUUGCUUUCAAUUGACACAUGACUACAUAGACUAAGCAGUCUAUGUUCAGGUAGUUUCCAAGUUAAAACUCUAUUUUGUUCCUAAAAAUUGUGAUUUUUUUAUUCCUUUCUUCUCAUUUUUCUGUGUCAUCCACCACUAUCCUUAAACUAGAUCACCUACACUGGAGAUAUCAUCAUUGUCCUCAUCACCAGGAAAUAUUUCUGAGCACAAGACUAAGUGUGUUGUUAAGCAUUGUAAGAAAUGGGUUUUUAAAACCUAGCAAUUUAUGACAAUCAAAAGAAAGGCACUAAAAUCGUAGGUACCAAAUGUGGGCAUAAAACAUGUGACAUUCAUGUCAUGUGACGUUGAACUUCCUUCCACCAAAAAAAAGGAGAUGUUAGACAGAAACAUAGAACCAUGAAAAGGAUGAUGAUGUUAAUGAAGAUGGUAACGAUGACAGUUGUCAAGUUUCUUUGCUAAGAUACAAAUGGUCCCUGUGUCGCAGGUUGUAACAUAACUCAUUAGGAUACCAACACUCUGUAUGAACAGGAAAAAUUUAAGGGAUGAAAGAGUUAGAGGUCUGGGAAAUGAGAGUGUUAGGGUUUAUCUUUAAUUUACUCUUACUAUUUUGGAUUGAAAAUGUGUUGUGUAGUAUUUAAAUGGAAUUUCUCCAUGACACUUUUUAAGUGUCUAAGAUUUUUAUUAACUUUACAAGAUCAGAUUUCCUUCCCAUACAAUGGCGAGCCAAUCUUUAUAAACCAACAUUGGGGAUUUAAGCAGGGAAGGUGGGGCAGAAAAUAACCUUUGGUAUACAAGAAAAAAUCUCUAUUGGCCAUGCCCUGAAGGAACUAUGAUAGGAAUGGCUAUCUCUCUUCUAUAGAACUUUUUUGUGCAAAACAUGUGAACAAGAAAAGACCAACUGCCUGGCAGCAGAAUCCUGUACUGCAAGCAAGCCUCCAAGAGCAGCAGGCUAAUGGAACACUUUACUUAUGCCGAGGUGAAACCUGAGACAUGGAAGGAGGAAGAAAUAGACCUUUUCCUCUUUGAGUCCAUGGAAUAUGCAUUGCUAUCCUUCCCUCUCCCACCUCACCCUCCAAAAAAAAAUUCAUUGCCCAAGUGUGAAGGAUAGAAUUGAACUUCCUUACAAAGAAAAAAAUACUGACUAGGAAUAACAUUGCUUCAAUGACCUGAGGCUAGCAUUUUAAUGAAAGAGUUUUAUGUGUGAUAUUAAAUAAUGAGGUAUUCAAACUAGGUUUAGUAGUAUUAGGGGUUUUUUUUCUUUCUUAAAAAAGGAGAGAGAUGUGUAUAAUGAAAAAAAUGAGGGGCAUUUAAUUUGGGGUACCUAUAUGCUUUGGAGAACUGCCCUAAUUCAACAUAAACCUUUGUCAAGAUAUUCCCCAGACUAAUAAAUAAAUCCUCUUAUGGUGGUUUUAUGAAUCUUGAAAGUUACCUUUAGAUUAUUAUUCAAAUAUUUCUUCACUGUGCUGCCUUUAAGAUGAUGAAUAUGAGGCAAAGAAAGGAUCUCAGAAGAUGUCUAUCUCAAAGGCAAGUCACAUGACAAGGUCACAUUUUUCAUGUUGUAGAAACAGCAGGAGAAUCAUUCUAAAAGCUAUUUUCAUAGCAAACUACAUCAUUCCUUUUUUAUCUUGCAGGGUAACAAGGAUGACCUUUUAAGUAGGAGCCUUGUAAUAGUCUUUUAAAAAAUUAAACAGUAGAAGGACCUCCUGCCUCUUAUCUUCUGUGCCAUCUGAGGAUUCGUAUUGCUAUGGUUAUCAAGCAAAGGCUCUGGGUCUGAGAAUCCUAUCCUAAGAAAUUCCUCCUCUUUCUACAUAUACUUAUAGAAUAGUUGUGAGAAUACUGAACUAAUUGUGUGGUUUAGGGCAUAGUCUCAUCUCUGUUCCCCAAGAGUUAGAAUAUGCUCAUUUUCAUUUUCCCCUUUAAGCAUUUUCAUUGAUACCCAUUUAUGUGAUUUCUCACUAGAAACAUUUGAUUCGGGGUUUAAUAUCCUUUACCCAUCCUUGGGUUCAAAUCAAAUUUAUUAAAUGAGAUUAAAGGGUUUUUUUAAAUAUAUAUACACUGCUUUUUUGUCACAUAAAUUUAGAUAUACACACAAAACAAGUAUCUCACAACACCUUGAAUUUUUCAAAGCACUGUUUCCUUUUCUUCAAGGGUGAAGACCCUGGGCCUUCAAUGUUUAGAAGCUUUUGGUAUAGCUAUGGCUCCAUUAUUUCAAGAUGGACUUUGCUGUUAAUUCUCUUAAUAGUGACUUGGAAGAAGAAAUUGAGGGAAGCCAAGGCCAGGAGUCUGAGACUCUAGUCGGCUGUACAAAUUUAAAUAAGGAUUUCUCACCAAAAUAGAAGGCUUUCAGAAGUUUUCGUUUCCCUGAGUACAUAUGCCAUGUAGUCCCAACUCAAUUGUAAAAUGACUAUAUCACCUUUGAAGUCCUUCCCAACUCAAAAAUCUAUAAUUCUUUGAGGGCAAGGUAUUUAUCUAAUACAUCAUUGUUUCAAAAGUUCUAGGCACAGAGUAGGGGCUCACUACAUAUUUAUUGAUUAAUUUCAAAAGCCCCAUCCUUCCAUCUCUAAAGCUCCACUGUGGAAAAAUAAGAUCUGAGGUUCCUUGAGCAGCUUAGGGCUACUUAGAGUAAUAGUAGAGGCUCUUUGGCCUAACCAGUGCAACCAAAAAGGACUUCAGUCACAUGAUGGACAAUGUAGUGGCCAGCGAGGGUCAGGCAUUUGGGUCCACGUUAACAGUGGCUGUAAUUCUCAGCCUCACCAUCACUACACAGAACAAGCAAAUAUUCGGCAGCAGCCAUGGGUAGCUUGCCACUUUUACAUCCUUGUCCCGUGCAGCACAUUCUGGUGUUCGUCGUGAUUAUUGUCACCAGCUUCAUUGUCAUCGCAUUCCCCAUGGGAUAUGACACUUCUGGAUUCUUCACUAGCAAUAUCAUUCCCAGCAGCUCACAUCUGAGUUCUGCCUCCUUCAUGGCUUUGUUCUCUGUUAGGGUUUUUCAUUUUAAAUGAUGUGUUAAUUCAGGAACUCCUCCUCUUCCUCCUCCUCCUCUUCUAAAGAAAAAUGAUAUAGAUCAGACACUGCCUCAGCUUCUGUUUUCCCUUCUUUUCAAAUCUAGUCAUGGUUCCUUCUCUCAUGAAGAAGUUGCAUGUUUUGCAUGCAUGUGGACAGGUGCUCAUUGGAGGAAUUUUUUUUUUCUGAAAGAUUCUAGCCCUUCUACUCACUGAACCCAUGAAAAAUAAGAUUAUUAGGAGAUAUGAACUAAUAGUUAUCAGUCACAGAGAGUUGAGAAUUUGAUUUUAUGUGUGUGUGUACUGCUUUAUCAAUGAUCUGGUCUUAGCUUGAGGGGAAUAGCAAACAAAUAGAACCAUAAUACUGCUGAGAGUGUUAGACUGAAACUGGGAAUCUGGUGGCCAAAAUAAAUUAGAAAGCUUCUCCCAUCUUUUAGCGUUUUACCAGUACAAAAAAAAAUGGGCAGGGUUUUUGUUUUUCCAUAAAUAUUACUAUCCCAUCCUAUGUCCCCCCACGACCUCCUCAGUGCCUUUGGAAUUUUUAAGACAGAGGUAAGUUUAUCACAGUCACUCUGAAUCACACUCUGAAUGACAGGGGCAUCCUAACUUUUUCCCAAUCAUAUUGUUUAGUCAAUAAGAGGACUUAGAAGGUCUGCCAUUUGACCUUAAGACAUUUUAAAAGCCAGUAAAACCAAGCGUUUCUAGACAGCCUGCCCCCUUGGGGUUAGAGGUGGGAGUGUGGCAGGACGGAGAGAAGCACCAGAGUUCUUUUCACUUAGAAGCCUUAAAAAAUAAAUCCGUUUGUCUUGAAAUGUACGUAUAAAACAAAAAUCAGGUGAUUUGGGAGGGGACUUAAUUGUAAAUCCACCAAAAGUUUACCAUAAUUUUAGUGCUGAAGUACUGCAUUUUGAUUUUAGUACACAAAAAAUAAGGCUAUUCCUAAAUAAUUGAUUAUUGGAAGAAAAUCACUGCCAUGGCACUGUUAUGCAGGAUUUUGACAUUUCUCCAUUGUCAGUCUGACAAUCUAUAUCUUGAGUUGUCUUCUUACUUAGGGACCCUUCCUCCCACCUGCUUCUUUACUAUUCUGGUUAUCAGUAAACCUAGCUUGUUCUGCUUGUUAUUUGAGUUUGUCUCCUGAAUAUUCAAGAUUACUUUGAAAAAGAAAAACCCUAAACACCAUUCAAUUUAUUCCUUUAACAUGUGAUCUCUCACCUGACACAUAUUGUGUUUAAAAUGAAUACCCAAUAGAUGAAAUAAAAUGCCACAUUAUGCCUUGAAAAAAAUAAUAAUUUUCUGAGAUUGGUUUAUAUAUUUAGUUAUUGCUAAAAUGCUUAUUAUCAUGGUACUUAGCACUUGAUAUUAAAUAUGAAUACAUUGUUUAAUGAGGAAACUGGCUUUCCCUUAUGAUCUCUAAGACUUAUUGUUUUUCUUUGUCUUUCACAUCUGUUUGAAAGGAUUGCUGGGAGCUUCUUAACAGCAUUUCAUUUGUCAUUUUCUGAGUAGGUAACCUUCUUCCUCAUGCUGUAAUUUUCAUUAACAACCAGACCUUUUAUACCCUAAGGGGUCAGUCUUCCUGUGAUACCUAUGCAUGACACCCAUUACAAGUGGUGAAAGUAAUACACAAGCACCAACAGGAGACAAGACCCCCAAAGUGUAAUAGGAUCAGCAGAUUAGAAGACUGAUAGAGAAUGGCGCCUGCAAUACUAAGUGUGAUUUCAGUUAUAAAUGGGGUAGAAGCCAGGAACUGGAUCAAGAAUUUGAUGUAAAUCUUCUUUCUUUACUGGUUUGUGUUUUUCCCAGUUUGCACAUUUAUAUUUUAUCUGAAGUAUUUGGUGAAUAAAAAUUUUGAAAUAAUUCUACACUUCUAUUUAACCAUGUAACUCCAAAAAGUAGAGUACUAAAGUCAGUGCUUUAUAAUACAAUUUACUCGUAGUCUUUUUGAAUAAGUACUGAUAGCAUUUGAAACAUACCGUGUGUGACCGUCUGCUAUAACUUAUGAGGAGAAGAUCUGGGUAGCUUUGUGUAUAAUUGGAUAAUGUAUGUGUGUUGGAAUGGAAUGAAGCCCAAUUGAAUGGCCAUUUUGUUUUUAUAAAUAGUUUCAAGUUUACUCCUAAACAAAUUCCAACAGCUGCUUAGCUUACAAAAUUAUACUACAAAUAUUUUUGCCUUUUUUUUUAAUAUAUCUUCCCAUUCUCCUCUCCCUGCCAGUUCCUCCCACCUCAUACAAGAUGGGUAUGCUACUGUAGCACUGUGUUUGCAAGGAUUUUCAUGGCUGUCAUAAGAGGGGACAGCUGAACUUUGGCUAUGUUUUUACUAGAAUUUUGAAAUAAGAAAAUUUCUAAAUGUUACCUUUUAAUUAAAUUUAUCAGGGGAGGACCAGGAGUGGUCCUUGGUCAUUUUAUGAUUGAAUAGGCCUGUGAUGGUCACUGGGGCCACUCUCCUUUUCUGUAAAUAAUGAGGUGCGUUAAUGCUUAAUACUGUUUCAUUUCUCAAAAGUAUUUUUAAUGCAAUUUUCACAAAAACUUAAAUUAGUGAAUUCUUUUAUUCGAAUUUCCCUUAAUUUGCUUUUUUGAGGAGAGACAUCUCCUUGAUAUGUGUACUUUCUUACAGAGCUUUCUUACCUAUUUUUGUAACAGUGGGUCUAAUAGCAUAAAGUUUAAAUGCUCCAUGAGCAAAAUUAUAUAUCUCUUAUCCUAAGGAAAUAUACUGCUGAUUAAAGUUUUGGUCUUAAAUUAUUUCCAACUUGUUUUCUGGUGAGUCUAAACCAAUAACUGAUCUCAUUAGUAAAUACAAGUGUUUGUGCUGUUAUCAGCAAGGUUGUUGAAAUGUUUUUUGUCGCAUUUUAAUUCAUGUUUUCAUUAAAAGAUAUAACAAAUAUAUGGGUGUGUGAAACAGUCCAUUCUGUAAAAUAGUACAUAUCGAAUGACUUUAGUUUGAGUCUGUCUAUUGAUACAUGCUGUAUUUAGAGUUUUAUUCACAUGCCUACUUUUAUACUGCCUGUAUAGCACUGAUUCUCUCAGUGCUUUGUUCCUUUUGUAAAAUUGUAUUAUGUAGAGAAAUUGAUGUCCUGGUGUGUAAACAGUGUCGAUGUAUUUGAGAAAUAUCUUCAAUUGGUUAUCCUAAGGAGGUAUUAAAUGGCAGUUUAGUUUUUCAUAAUAGAGUACAAAUUUGCUUAGUGGGCUAAAAGUUACUUGCCUCCCCCUUCCUACUUAAAAAAAAAAUGCUUUAUGAGUACCUACCCAGAGUAAGAAAGUCUCUUACUUUUGUCCUGUGGUGUUACACAAAGAAUAACCCUUAUUCUUAUUCACUGAAAAAAAAGACUUUUUCAUUUGGCUGUUACACAAUAAUUAUUGUGCAUUCCGUGAGCAAAUAUAUAAGCAUAUUGCAAAUCACUGCUGGGAAUGAAAACCACUCAUGUAAUCUGGUCACAUAUUAUCAUUAGCAAAAAUAUUUAUGUCGUAUCUUUAAGUUGUGGCUUAAAAUCUGGACCCCAAAGAGAAUUAACUAUAGGUAUAUUUAAAAUUUUUAUUACCCUUCUACAUAGUUCAUAAAUGAGUCAAGAAUUAAAACUAAAUAUCAUCAAAGAAAUCUAAUUUUAAGUCCAAUUUGAUAUAGUAUGCGGGACUCUAUUCUAUCCAAAUAUAUACUCUUUCUAGCACUGCACUUAAUAUGAACUUGUCAGUGUUUUCAUUAGCAAUAGCCAUGUUAUAGUUUUGCCUGACAAAAAUAAUCCUCUACUUGUUUUGAUUAUUUAGUUCUUUCAUUAAUUUUGCUGGCUAGUUAUCUCAGUUCAAAAAAAUUUAUUAAAAUAUUUUUCAUUUUUCAUUGUCUUGUCUACUCGCUGUUUUCAUUAAUAAAGAUUUUAUAACAACAGAAUCAUUUUUGAAAAGACCAUGCUUGCCAGCACUCUUUCACAUGAAAUAGAAUUUUAACUCAGUGCUGGAACGUUGACAGAAAUUAAAGUCACUACAUUAUUAUUACGUUACCAGCUGCCUUUAAAAAUCCCUAGUUCCAUAAAUUAACCAGAAGCCAUCUCAAUUAACUUUUUUGAAGUAGAACACCAGUGCUCAGUUACCAUGUUUAAUUUUUUUUUCCUUUAGAAAACAUUAUUGCUUUCUGCCAAUACUAACAAUGAAACAUGUGAAAUUGUUCUGUUUGAAACUAAAUUGAUUUAUACUCUAACUAUAAGACAGAAGAUUGGGGUCUUAUCUAUUACUUACCACUGAAUUUUUCCAUUUUAUCAGGUAUUGUUAGUAUCCAUUAUUACAUUUUAAGUUGAAAAAAAGACAGAAAUAACAAAUUUGUUUCCAAAUAUUCAUGAAAAAACUCCAAAAUAAUAUUUUUCUAAAUUUGGAAGUGACUAAAUUGUUCUUAAUUUGCUAGUUAGACUUUCCCUUCUAGGAAGAGAGCUAUUCUCAUCUAGGUAGGUCAUGGCUAAUUUCUAUCUAUAGCAUUACAGUUGGCAAAGAAAAAAAUGAAGGUCCAAUGGUAUAUAUGUGCAUCUGUAUGGUAUAUUUUAAACAUGGGGUGUUGCUUUGGCGGGGGGGAUUUACAAGAAAUUUAUGCAGUUAAGUGUCACACCAUGUCAUUGUAUCUGAGAUUGUUGUCAGAAAUUACUUGUUAAAACUAUUCUGUCGUAUCUAAGAAUCUCCAAUAUGCAAAAUAUUUACUAUUAGUCACGUUUUUCUUUUUUUCAUCUGAAAAUAAA